AUGUCGUCGAAGUCCGAACAGAAGCCAUCCGUUGCCAAAGGAACCGGAGCGACCGUCAAGCUUUCAACAACGUUGGAUCCAAGUGUGCCGAAGAAAAUCAGCAGCGCGAUCCCGAAGCAAAGACAAAAGCUGCUCAAAUGGAAUGGCUGGGGCUACAAGGAUUCGCGCUUCCUCUACCAGGACGGCACGAUCGUGUUCACCGGCGAUAGGUACCCCAUCGGUGGUAAAGUUUCGCUGCCACACUUUCGCGACUACGUCAUUGAGAACUUCAAGGUGGACCUAGCCGACCGGCGUGAGGGUGUUCCCAUCCCUAACGACUUCCCUACGCCGGUUCCCUGUCCGGACUUUCUGCAGGACAUGCAUCAGCACCAGAUCGAAUGCACGCAAAACGGCGAAGACCGGUUGAUCCGAUGCCACGGACAAACGCUCCACGACAUGCACAUGAUGCGUACGGGCACAUUCAAACGCAUCCCAGACGUGGUCCUUUUUCCGACCUCCCACGAUCAGGUGGUGCAGAUCGUAACUGCAGCCAACCAGUACAACGUUGUACUCAUACCCUUCGGUGGUGGCACAUCCGUGUCCGGCUCAGUAACCUGCCCAGAGGACGAACCGCGCCCAAUCGCAGCCCUCGACACGUCCCAAAUGAACCGGCUGCUGUGGAUCGACCGGCAGAACCUGAUCGCGUGCUUCGAAGCGGGCAUCGUCGGGCAGGAUCUUGAGCGCGAAAUGCGCCAGCUAGGUUACACCGUGGGCCACGAACCGGACAGCUACGAGUUCUCGACACUUGGUGGAUGGGUGGCGACACGCGCUUCCGGCAUGAAGAAGAACGUGUACGGUAACAUCGAGGAUCUGCUGGUGCGCGUGAAGAUGGUCACGAGCAAGGGCGUGCUGGAGCGUAAUCUCGCCGUACCACGCGUGUCCUGUGGUCCUGAUUUCAACCACAUGGUGCUCGGUUCCGAAGGGACACUGGGCGUCAUUACGGAGGUUGUGAUCAAGAUUCGACCCUUGCCGCAGGUGAAGCGAUACGGUUCGCUUGUGUUUCCUGAUUUUGGUUCCGGUGUGCGGUGUUUGCGGGAGGUCGCUCGGGAACGAUUGCAACCGGCUAGUAUACGGCUGAUCGAUAACGAACAGUUUGUGUUCGGGCAAGCCCUUAAGAUACCGGGCGGUUCGUUGGCGGUUGUUGCCGAGAAGCUGAAGAAAACGUACCUCACGCGGGUGAAGCGGUUGCAGCUGGAUCGGAUCGCGAUUGCGACUUUGUUGUUUGAGGGCCGGGAAGAUCAGGUGAAACAGCACGAAUCGAAGAUCUUUGCCAUUGCUAAGCAACACGGAGGAUUCUCGGCCGGUAGCAGCAACGGUGAGAAGGGUUACAUUCUUACCUUCGUCAUCGCGUACAUUCGGGACCUUGCCCUCGACUACAGUAUCGUGGCCGAAUCGUUUGAAACCUCCGUAUCGUGGGACCGAUGCGAGACGCUGUGCAUUAAUGUGAAAAGCUGCGUUCGAAAGGAAUGUGCCAAACACAAUAUCCAACACUACCUCAUCUCCUGCCGGGUGACACAGACGUACGAUGCAGGCGCCUGCGUGUACUUCUACUUUGGCUUCAACCAUGCCGGCUUCGAGAAUCCAGUCACUAUUUACGAAGAAAUCGAGAAUAAGGCUCGUGACGAGAUUCUAGCAUCGGGCGGUUCCAUCUCGCACCAUCACGGAAUCGGCAAGAUCAGGUCACGGUGGUACCCGCAAAGUGUAUCCGACGUCGGUGUGCAGCUUUACAAGGCAACUAAGCGGGAACUGGAUCCAAACAAUGUCUUUGCGGCCGGGAACCUCAUUCCGAGUGAGCUGCAGGACGCCAAGGAGUCGGCCUGUCUCAAGGCGAAGCUGUAGGCAACGUCGGGCGGUAGGCCGGAAUGGGAGCCACUCAUGUCCUGUCUGUGCACACCGCCCACAAGGGCUGUUAGCGGAUGCAGUACGCGUCAUUGCAAAAUACCUCACCGCAUCGCACAGCAAGCGUAAUAACAGCAACAGCAACAGAAGAUGUCGCUCCAUCGCAUCGCGGAAGCACGUGGCUCACGAUCACUGUCAGCCUCACGCCAGAACGUGUUCGGCGCUUUUUAUGCGUUGCAUUACGGUUCUGUCGUAUACUCGCUCUUUGCAAACCCACUGUGACCAUAUGCUUCUCCGCUUCCGUUGCAUUGCUCCGUACGUUCGGGUUUGGCCUUUAACAGCGCCAAGAUCUAGUUAACAUACAUUCCAUGCCAAACGCCCUGCUAACCCUUCCGUAGCGGCUUGAUAUUACAUUUUGCUUUUUUUUAUGCAUAUAAUUUUUUGUUUUAAUUUAGCAAGCUUAAUCGGGUAGAUUGAAUUUUACGGUGAGACAACUAGGCAAUAGUGCAAUGUAAUGUGUGGUCAAUUUUGUUAAUGCAAU